AUGCAUUACCUCUUACACACACGAUUGUUACUCCAACGGCAGGGGCUGAAGCCUUUAACACGAGUCCGUCUCGCAUUUAGGGGGUUUGCCACGGUAUCCGAAGACGGGAGGUGAGGGCUUUCACCAAAUUGCCGUUAUAGUCGGACAUGUCUGACUGGUGGAUCGUGUUUGUCCAAGGAUAGUCUGAACCGAGAGUUCGACGUCGUAGUUAUUGGCGGAGGACAUGCUGGCUCUGAAGCUUGUGCUGCGGCGGCACGAGGUCUGCUCCAAUUCCCGCCUCCCACGGCCCUGCACUAGCUCGCGGUAGCAAGAGUUCAUUGUUGACCCCCGGCUUUCUAGCGGGUGCCAAAACCGCCCUGGUAACCCAGAAGAUCGAUACUAUCGGAACAUGCUCGUGCAAUCCUUCGUUCGGCGGGAUCGGUAAGGGAAUUAUGAUCCGCGAGGUGGAUGCUCUGGAUGGUGUCUGCGGCCGGAUAACCGAUAGAGCUGGUAUCCAAUUCCGUGUGCUGAACAGAAGUAAGGGCCCCGCGGUGUGGGGCCCCCGUGCGCAGAUCGACCGGAAGCUCUACAAGAAGUACAUGCAGGAAGAAUUGAUGUCAUAUCCGAACCUGUCAAUUCUACAGGGCAGUGUUGCGGAUGUGGUUAUAGACCGGGCGCCGGAAGGGCUGGUGGUUGGUGCGGACGGGCAUUAUGGGAAGAUUAUGGGGGUGAGAUUGGAGAGUGGGGAGGUGAUUGGUACUAAGCAUGUUGUAAUCACCACUGGGACUUUUCUGGGUGGGGAGAUUCACAUUGGAUUGAGAGUUUUCCCAUCCGGAAGGAUGGGAGAGGCGGCAACUUUUGGACUGAGCAAGUCUUUGAGAGAAGCUGGCUUCAAAUUGGGUCGACUGAAGACCGGGACACCUCCGAGGAUUGAUGGGCGGACGAUAAAUUACAGGAGCCUCCUACCGCAGUUCGGGGACGAUCCGCCUAUGCCGUUUUCGUACAUGAACGAGAAGGUUCAGAUUGAGCAGCAACUGCAAUGUCACAGCACCCAUACCACCCCCGAGAGCCACAAUCUGCUACGACAGCAUCUCCAUGAAUCAAUCCACAUUCGCGAGACAAUCAAAGGCCCACGCUAUUGUCCAUCAUUAGAAAGCAAAAUAAUCCGCUUCGAAAACAGGCAAAACCACAUGAUCUGGCUAGAGCCCGAAGGCAUAGACGACCACGUCGUAUACCCAAACGGCAUCUCCAUGACUGUCCCUGCAGAGGUCCAGGAACGCCUCCUGAAGACCGUCCCAGGCCUUGAAGAAGCCAAAAUGCUGCAGCCCGGGUAUGGCGUAGAGUACGACUACGUCGACCCACGCUCCCUCCGGGCAACGCUCGAAACCAAGAUUAUCAAAGGCCUUUUCCUAGCCGGGCAGAUUAAUGGAACAACCGGCUAUGAGGAAGCCGCCGCACAGGGCGUCGUCGCUGGGAUUAAUGCCGGCCUCUCCUCCCAGGGGAAACCCCAAAUGACCAUUUCUAGAAGCGACGCUUACAUCGGCAUCAUGAUCGAUGACUUGAUCACAAAGGGGGUAUCAGAACCCUACAGAAUGUUCACCUCCCGCAGCGAGUUCCGCAUGAGCUCCCGCGCCGACAACGCCGAUCUCCGUCUCACCCAAACCGGCCGCCACCACGGCGUGGUCGGCGAUCCGCGAUGGGCGCACUUCCAAACAGAACUGUCCAUGAUGGAGGAUUUCCGCUCCGCACUGUCCAACAUCGCCCAGAGCAGCUCCGAGUGGCGGAAGCGAGGCUUGAUGACUAGAGAGGAUCCGGGGCGCAGGAGUGCCUUUCAGCUGCUCAGACUUCCGGGCGUGACGGUAGACAAGCUAGCCGGAAUGGGGGUCGUGGAGGGCCUGGAUCGCUGGCCGGAGAGGAUCCGUACCAGGGUCGGUGUUGAGGGAGUGUAUGAACCUUACGUCACUAGACAAACUAACGCCGUGAAAGUGUUUGGGAAGGACGAGAAGUUGAAGCUACCGGUUGAUAUGGACUAUGAUCAGUGGGUUUUCUCUGAUUAAAUUUCUGCAACAUGUCCUGAGGAAUUUCGACUAAGUUUCACGAAAACAGGGUCGUAGGCCUCUCACACGAGGAAAGGGUUGUGCUAAAGCAAGUCCGGCCCGAAUCUAUCGGACAGGCAAGACGCGUUGAGGGUGUAAGCUAACUCCUACAAUAUCAACCUAGUAUCUAUCAAUCUCGAGACUAACGUUUUGUGGGAGUGCUUUCUAGAUGACACCGACCGGCUGCGUCUACCUUCUCUCACACGUCGAGAGGAAGAGGAGAGGAGAGGCAAAAGCGAUUGCUGCGGAAUCGCAAAAAGCUAAGGCGAUUUCGUUGGGCAUGGGUAUGGAAUCUCGUUCAAUAGGGUGAGGGGAAAUUUUACAUAUCGUUUCACAUUUUGUUAUACUAGAAUGGCGUUUGUAUAGUACAUUGGCAAAGAGGGGGUAAGAACGGGGGUUGAACUAGGGAUUUGGGAGCGCUAUAGGUUGUUCUGGGAUGCGCUGUAUAUUCUUGUGACAUUUGUACAAAUACAAUACCUUCUCUCCUUGAAGAGGGAGUCCUGCU